GCCCAUUAUUUAGCCUCCGCCUUCCUCUUCUCUUCCCCAAGCUCCAACCGACUUCCUCUCCGUCAAACGCCGAAUCAAAUCGACUCCGCCGGCCCUCCGCAGCAGCCGCAGCCAUGUCCGGCGAGGAGGAGGAGAACGCCGCGGAGCUCAAGAUCGGCGAAGAGUUCCUGAAGGCGAAGAGCCUGAUGAACUGCGAGGUGGCGAUCAUCCUGGAGCACAGGUACGAGCAGCUGCAGCAGAUGUCGGACGGCGGGGGGGACCCGUCGUCGCAGAUGUCGCAGGUGUUCGAGAAGUCGCUGGGCUACGUGAAGCGCUUCAGCCGCUACAAGAACCCCGACGCCGUGCGCCAGGUCCGCGAGACGCUCAGCCGCUACGGCCUCCACGAGUUCGAGCUCUGCACCCUCGGCAACCUCUGCCCCGACACCGCCGACGAGGCCAAGGCGCUCGUCCCCUCCCUCGUCCCCGGCGGCAGGUUCGACGUCGACGAACGCAUCGACAAGAUGCUCAACGACCUCUCCCUCAUCAAGAAGUUCGAGUAGCAUUGCCGAUCCAAUCCAUCCCUCUACCCAACUCCAUAUGUUUCCAGUAUCAUGGUCAAGAUGUUGCCUGCUAAUAGCAGCUGGUUGCUGGCUUAACUGAUAGUGCUAUUGUUGGUGAUUAUGUACUGCUAUUUGAUCUUCACAUUAUCUCCUCCAAACCUUGUUAUGAUCAAUCAAAUGUAUGGAAAACCUUGUUGCAGAAAAUGGCUUGCAUCUUCAUGUGAUAUUCUUUGAUCA